AUGACAGUUAAAUCUAGAACCGUGAAACUCGAAUCUCCACCGGACCGGAGGGUAAGCAGCGGUAGCCCAGACAAUAUCGGUCGACCAACUUUCGAUUUGGAAGCUGCUAACCACUCUUUCCGGUGGGAGAUGGGCAUGGAACGUCAGGAUGUGGCUUUUGCCAUCAUCGACGCAUUCACAGAGUGGGAAAACGCCGUCCCUAAACUGAACUUCCAAUGGUUAUACCCAGGCGACGAUGCUGAUAUUAGAAUUAGGUUCACUUCACUAAGCCCCCCAUAUUAUGGUUUCGGUUAUUAUCCACCUGAUGGCAGGCUUUUGCUUGAUAUUAGCCGCACGCUUUGGAGCACUAGCUCUAACCCUGUACCCUACAAACUCGACCUGCAAUCUGAAUCCAUGCAUGAAAUUGGCCACACACUCGGCCUUGAGCACACCAACGAUCCGGCUUCGGUCAUGUACCCUACACUCUCUUCUAGUACUAUCAAAAGGGAGCUUACCCAACUGGACAUUAAUAACAUACGAGCUUUAUAUCGUUCCAAGCCACACCAUGAGUUAGCCAACUCUAUAUAG